GCGGCCAGACAAGCCUAUAAUCUGAGGGGAGGGUUUGGCUUGGAGAGAGAGAGGGAGAGAGAGAGAGAGAUGGGAGGGAAAGGUAGAAGAAGAAGAGAGAAGAACUACAGAGCAGCACAUUGUGUCGACAACCACCGUCUUCCUCCGCCUCCUGACCCCUCCUCGCUUGAAGCCGUUCCAUCCAAACUCCGCAAUAUUAUCGUCUUCUCCAAAUCUUCCCAACCAGGGUCUCCAGGGAGUAAAGAACAAAGGAAUGGACGUGGUGGCAGUGGCACCAAUAAGCUCGCUACACGUCAUGAUUAUAUACAGAAACUUCAUGCAAAGGAUGAAACUGACCCCAAAUCUACUGGGACCAGAGGUGAAGGUAAUGACAGACAUUCACAGACAGAACGGCAUAUGGAGGAUGCUGAUGAUGUGGUGCAAAAAAAUGCGCGUGAAAAGAGAAAGAAAACGAAAAAGAGGAAGCGGGUUACUGACCUUCGGUUUGAAACAUUAGAGGAAUCAAGUGGUGUUGGUAUGAAUAGACGGGAACGUAAGAAAAAGCGUUUACAAGAAAGAAAUAAACGUAAAAAAGCCAAAUUGGAGGACAAGGACUUUCCUAGACAUGAAUAUAUCAAAUUUGGUGAAGUUGUUCAAGGUCCACCGAAGUUGAUCCCAGUUCCUAAGGCCAUCAAGGCGGUGAAGGCUCACCACGAUGCUUCACAAGAAAGACUUCGCAUAAAGGCUGUAGAAGCCUACAGGAACAGAAAAGGAUGGGUGUCAAGGCCAGGGAUUAAACUUCCUCCGCCCAUAAUGACAUCACCAUGAAAGGGUGUUCCCGUUCACAAGGUUCUCCAAUUUGCCACGGGAUAAUCGUAUUUGAACCCGACUUUUUCCCCUUGCUUUUGAACACAACCUUCCCCCUGUUUUUUUCCAAAGAGGUUGUAAUGCUUUCAAUCUGAUGUGAGACAGUUCCACCCUUAGGUUUCAGCAACAGUGAUGACAGUGAAAUCACGCGAGUGAUUCUGUAGCCAAUAGAGAGAAAGUUGUGUUAUGGCACAGCUAACUGGGGGGCCUCAGCUCUGGUUGCAACAAAUUUUUAUAGUUGAUACCCAUAAUUAAUUAAUUGUUCCUGUGUUGUUAUUUUGAAGUCAAAUGGUCACGAAGUGCAGCUUGAUCAGUUGCAAUAGGUUUUGAGAGAUUGUUAUUUAGCUGUAGCAUAGCUUUGUGGAAUUCUGGGGCACUUCAGAUGUUCCAUGAUUUGUGGAAGCUAAUGGUUGUGAUAACAGUUGAAUCU